UACUCUUCUCACUUCUCACUUUUCUGUACAGCGACAUUCAAUCCGAACGAUGGAUGAUCUGUGUUUCCAUCUGAUACAAUCCGAACGAUUUGUCGAUUCCGAUUGAGUUGUCGUGACCUAGGAGUAUACUGAGAUUUCUCACAGUGGAGUAUUCGGUCACCCCCUAUCACGAAAUGGAGCACAAGGCAUCGCCCCAGCUUGGAGCCCGAAUGACAAGGUCCAUUUCAGCCUAUUAGGCAUGUUUCGGCCCCUUGGGCCCAUUUUGGGCUUACUUGGCCCAUUAGGUUAGGUCCCCCCUUUCCCUUACCCCUAUAAAUAUGGGGCUUUCCCACAUGUUUUGGGACUCUUUUUUGGUUGAUCCUCUUCUUCUUCCCCUUCUCUCUAGAUUAGUUUUAUCCUCCAUUAAUGGAGCUUGAACAAAUGUACUAUGUAAUGGUGAGGAGAGCCUAAUGAGAAUUGAGAGGGCUUGGACAUUAGCCUAAAAAGUCCCGUAGUUUUCUCCCUUUCGGGUUUCCACGUAAAAACUGAGUGUUCAUACAUAUAUUUACUAUAUCGUGUUAGAUUAAACUCAACACUGACGCUGUCUGUGAGAAUCUUGUUCGAAAAGAUUCGUGUGUUCUACUGUUCUUGAGUUUCUAUAAAAAAAAUUCAUACGGGAAAGGUACUGAUUUUAGCUUCAUUUUCUAAAAAAAAAAGAAGUAAAGAUGCUGGAACUUUGGUCCUGGGAAGCCGGAUCUGGGACAGGAAGUUGGCUGCCAGCAGGACCUGCCCAAUGGACCAAGGAAGAAGGAGACGAUGGAAUCCGGGAAAACAAGUCUGGAUAUUCUUUAGAUCUGGGUUUGGGGUCGCCGGAGCCGCCAUCACCCUGCCGCCGUGGUGGGCCUUCCGGUGCGUUUAGCUGCACCAAAAGGAGACCGCUACACUACCACAGGUCUUGUCAUCUCGGUCUUAGGAGAGCUCCAUCACAGCAGCGUUUUUUCAUCGGUCUAAGCUGGGUUCUCCGACUUCAACGCAGCGCCGCCGUUCGUCGCCGGCGACGAGCCGGUAGUCACUUCUCAACCUGGUCAGUCCCCGCUCAAGCCCCCACCGGCCUCUCUGCCGGCGUGGCCUUAGGGGAUCUGGCGGCUGAGAGCUCGAUUUCCGCCAUUAAUGGUGGUGCGGAGCUCAGGGAGGGUAUGCCGCGAUCCUACAAAGUCCGGCUAACUUUCCAACGAAGACUAUCCUCCUUGGCCGCCCUUGCUCUUCUAAAGGAGACUCCAUAUAUUAAAAGGCUAAUUAAAAGCCUAAUUGCUUUUUUUGGAGAAUUUGAACCAAAGUCAAAAUUGAGGAAUUUCCACACAAAGCCUAAGCCGAGGAGGCUGUCCAAGACGCUCGUCGGCUGAAUGAUUUGAAUUGGGCCCUUCCAAGGAUGUGGGGAAUUAUUUAUGACCAAGUCAAAGUAGGGGAAUUCCAAUAAGCUUGGCUUGGAUUGGAUUGGACGUACGUACGCUUAGGAGCUGGGACUUAGGAACGGCUGAGUAGUUGGAGGCUGCUGAUAAGUCAAGAAUUGCAAAAAAGAAUCAAAGCAGGCAUCAAAAAAUUCCUAAGUGGCCGAACGUCCCCAUUUUUUAAAAGCUAAGUCUCAUAUCCCAAAUUGGUACAAUUAAUUUAAUUGCUAAUAAUAGUAUUCUUACUAUUAUUUUCAUCACCAUUAUUUAAUAGGGGUUUAAAAAAAUCCCAAAAUUAAAUAAGGCUGAGCGAAACCUGGGGAUGAGCUUCCACUGACAUUUUAAUGAUUAAGGGACGAGCCGAGGGUCACUGCACCCCGAGGCCGACGGUCACACCCGGAGGAGCCCCAAAUCAAAAUUAAAAAAAAAGGUGUGCACAUAUACAUAUUGUCUGGCCAUUUGGCCGCGUUACCAUGUUCAUUGUGCAGAUAAAAGAUUAUAAUCGGGACGACCGAUAAGAGAUGAUGCUCAAAAUGAAUCUUGGCGUCAAGGGCUUGGAGACGAGCAUCUUCCACCCCAAGAGCCAAGGGCCAUGGACGAUCAUCUCCUCCUCAGAGGCCGAGCGUCUAAAGAAGACCAUCAAAAGCCAGGGGCUUGGAGACGAACAUCUUCCACCCCAAGAGCAAAGGGCCGUGGACGAUCAUCUCCUCCACGGAGGCCGAGGAUCUAAAGAAGACCAUCAAGAGCCAAGGGCCGUGGACGAGCAUCUUUCACCCCGGAUGCCGAGGGUCCGAAGACGAUCAUCUAUCGUCCAGUGGCCUAGGCCCGGGGAUGAGCAUCUUCCACCCGGAGGCCGAGGGUCUAAAGAGAACCAUCAAGAGCCAAGGGCCGUGGACGAGCAUCUUUCACCCCGGAUGCCGAGGGCCCGAAGACGAUCAUCUAUCGUCCAGUGGCCUAGGCCCGGGGACGAGCAUAUUCCACCCGGAGGCCGAGAAUCUAAAGAAGACCAUCAAGAGCCAAGGUCCGUGGACGAGCAUCUUUCACCCCGGAUGCCGAGGGCCCGAAGACGAUCAUCUAUCGUCCAGUGGCCUAGGCCCGGGGACGAGCAUCCUCCACCCCAGAAGCCGAGCGUCUAAAGAAGACCACCCAAGGCCAAGGGCUUGGAGACGAACAUCUUCCACCCUAAGAGCCAAGGGCCAUGGACGAGCAUCUUUCACCCCGGAUGCCGAGGGCCCGAAGACGAUCAUCUAUCGUCCAGUGGCCUAGGCCCGGGGACGAGCAUCCAUCACCCGGAGGCCAAAGCCCGAGGACGAACAUCCAUCACCCGGAGGCCAAAGCCCGGGGACGAACAUUUAUCACCCGGAGGCCAAAGCCCGGGGACGAACAUCCAUCACCCGGAGGCCAAAGCCCGGGGACGAACAUCCAUCACCCGGAGGCCAAAGCCCGGGGACGAACAUCCAUCACCCGGAGGCCAAAGCCCGGGGACGAACAUCCAUCACCCGGAGGCCAAAGCCCGGGGACGAACAUCCAUCAUCCAGAGGCCAAAGACUGGGGACGAGCAUCCCCACCCCGGAGGCCAAGGGCAGUGAGGCGCGCAACACAUCCUAAGACCGAGCAUGCCCAGGCUAAGCAUGUUGAGGUAGAAAUGUCCCGAGGAGACCCAACCUAGCAACUGGAGGUCGAAUGUCUCUAGGAAUAGGCCGAGGAUUGUCGCUGUAUGACGACUCCGAGGUCUGCUACCGGGUCGUGCAUCAAAAGCAAAGACACAUCUAGGCCGAGUUCCUAAGGUUCGAACGUCCAAAGGAAGUCGGGUCGGGUUUCUAGGGACUAAUCUUCCUAAGCAUGUCGGGCCGAGCAUCCAGAAGGAAAAUUCCAGAGCCCCAACAACGAGAGAUCGAACGGGCUGACCGUCAAGGGGCCGAACGUCCAAGGAAGCCCAUCCUAGCAUCUGGAGGUCGAACGUCUCUAGGAAUAGGCCGAGGAUUGUCGCUGUAUGACGACUCCGAGGUCUGCUACCGGGUCGUGCAUCAUGAGCAAGGACACAUCUAGGCCGAGUUCCUAAGGGUCGAACGUCCAAAGGAAGUCGGGUCGGGCAUCCGUGGGCCGAACGCCCCAAUCCCUCGCACCCAGGCCAACGCAUUGAAUUAGCCUUUGCUCCGAAAGCCGAGGUCAUGUGCAGAGAAGGCAGAGGAAGAGCGUAGGCAAGAGUAUACUAUCUCGAGCAGAUUCGCACGCUCACUACUCAAGAAACUGGGGGACUUGUGUUGAGGUAUAUUAUCCCGGUCCGUUACUGUUCAGGAGCCCAAGGCAUCGCUUCAGCUUGGAGCCCGAAUGACAAGGUCCAUUUCAGCCUAUUAGGCAUGUUUCGGCCCCUUGGGCCCAUUUUGGGCUUACUUGGCCCAUAAGGUUAGGUUCCCCCCUUUCCCUUACCCCUAUAAAUAUGGGGCUUUCCCACAUGUUUAGGGACUCUUUUUUGGUUGAUCCUCUUCUUCUUCCCCUUCUCUCUAGAUUAGUUUUAUCCUCC